AAAUUUGUGGGUCUUAUAUGGCACCUGAAAUACUAAGAAAAAAACUUAUACUCCAGCUGUCCAGCAAGUGAUAUUUAUAAUUUUCAAUGAUGCGAGAAUUCCUCCAUUUGAAGCACAUGACCAUCAUCGUAACUUGAGUAUUUGUGAUAAGAAACAUCUUGAAAUUAUAAAAAAUACCCCAAAAUGCCAUGUAGAUUUAAUGAAAAAAUGUUGGGAUUCAAAUUCUUCUAAUAGACCAACAGACCAACCAUAAUAAUGCUUGAAAAUAUUAUAUCUGAAUGAACUAGUAUUGAUGAAUACUAUAGUGUAAGCAGAGAUGGAAAUUAUAUCUUCUGUUAGAAAAUGAUAUGCUGGAAUUUGUAGACAAAGCUUUAACACAAGAAAUAGCAAAUACUUUUAUUGUACAAUCUCAUCCACAAGCAUACUAUACAAGUUGAAAACUUACUGAGACUCAAUGUUUUGAAU